AUGGAAACGAAUAGUCUAGUCAAUUUAGAAAAAGGAUUAUUGGAGUUUGCGGAGCCAUUUUCUAGCGAUCUGUUUGAUAGAGUUGGGGAUAAAAUGACCCAGCUCUUACAGAGUUAUGAUAAAAUAUGGAAGAAAGUUAAAAUAAAAAUAGACGAUAAAGAUAUAUUAAGAGUUUUAGUAUUGGCAGUCCUAUUUAUCCUUCUACCGGCCAUAUUAAUAUUUAUCGCCAUAAGUUAUAUGUAUAAAUAUAUUUGUUCCGCGCUAAUAAAAAUGGGGGACAACAAUUUUGUGUGCUUCCUGGAAAGUUUCGACGUUUUCUGGAGUCUGGAUGAUGACGUCAAUAAAAAUAUAAUAGAAGUCUUAGGUUUCAUAGAAGCAGAAUCACCUGAUAAGUUGGUUAAUGACAUAAGGCGUAGAUUGGACAGCCUGGUUACAAAUAAGACGGUUGAAAAGAUAUUUUACAGGAGACACGAACAAUUCGGAUUCUAUUAUUGGCAUAAAAGUGACUACGUUGAUGUUUGCGAGUACGUAAAAAUAUUAAAAGUAUCGAAUGCGCAGGGACUUAACAGAAAUGACCUAGAGGUGAUCAUGACGGAAUUAUCACACGAUUCGCUACCAUGUAACGGUGAAGGUCUGUUCGAAAUCUUAGUCACAGAUAUUCGAGUAACUGAUACUGAUUUCAUUGACAACUAUGCGAUAAUAUUUAGAAUACAUCAUGCAGUUGGCGAUGGUAUUGCACUAAUAGAGUUUUUAUGCAAAAUAUUAGCCGAUGAAAGUAGCGAUAUUCAAUUGUUUAAGCCACCAGAAGUAUGCAACUUGAUUGAAGAGAACGUCGCAAAGAACUUCACGGAUUUGGUGAAGAAGAUUAGUGAGAUAAUCCUUUGCGCAGUCGAUGGCGUUAUACGAAAGCCCGACCUCAAUGCUCUACAUGGUCCCAUCCUAGAGGGCAAAAAGUAUUUCAGGUGGAUAGACACUAAUAACAAUAUGCUGGAAAUGAUAAAAGAGAUUAAAGAGAAACAACAUGGUUUGAAUUUUACGGACAUUUUAGCUACUGCAUUAUCUUCGGGGUUACGAGACUAUUUCUCAAAAAAAAUGCUGUACAUUCCAGACGACGUAGCAGUAAUUAUUCCCAUAAGACUGAGCGAAAAGGAGCAAUCCUUGAUUCUUGAGAACAAUUUCACUGUUAGCAUUCUGCCUCUACCGUUGACAGCAAAUUUAGACAGCAUAAGUCAAUGUUGUAAACAGUUACGUAAAAGUUUGGAUCCUCUGACAAAUCAUUACCUUCUUAAACUGUGCAACGUGUUUCCUAAGUGUAUCCUGGAGUCAGUAUUUAACAGCAAUCAAGCGACACUGGUCUUCAGCAACAUACCAGGCCCAAAAAGUUUAAGCAUUUGCGGUUGUCCAGUCCAGUCUCUGGUGUUUUUCGUGCCGAAUAAGGGAACAACCGGGGUGGGUGUAACAGUUCUUUGCUAUGGAGGGGUGUUAAGAUUCGCUAUAAUGGCGGAUUCAGCUGUUUUGUCGAGUCCCGACGAUCUAUCCGUUAUACUGAAUGGAAUGAUUAAGGAGAUCCAACAAAUGCACAGAAAGUAUGUAGCUUAA